AACUUUGUCAUCACGGACCCGCGCCUGCCCGAGAAUCCUAGUAUUUUUGCGUCAGACGAUUUCCUUGAGCUCACAGAGUACUCCCGAGAGGAGAUUCUGGGCCGCAAUUGCAGGUUCCUGCAAGGCCCGGACACGGAUCCCAAGACGGUGCAGAGGAUUCGAGAUGCCAUCAAGAAGGAGGAGGACAUCACGGUGCAACUGCUGAAUUAUACCAAGUCAGGCAAGCAGUUUUGGAAUCUCUUCCAUCUGCAGGCCGUGCGCGACAACAAGGGCAUGCUGCAGUACUUCAUCGGGGUGCAGCUGGACGCCUCCCAGUACGUCGACCCCUCCAUUCACGGGCUACAGGAGAAGCUCGCAACCGAGGGAGAGAAGAUUGUGCUGGAAGCAGCCAACAACGUGGAGGGAGCAGUCAGGGAACUUGCCGACCCUGGUGCUGCCGCUGGGGACCUGUGGGCCGUGCACACGGCGCCAGUGGCAAUCAAGCCGCACAAGACUGGCGACCCUGCAUGGCAGGCCAUUCAGGAGGUGAUUAAGAAGGACGGAAAGCUCAGCCUGAAGCACUUCCGACCAAUCAAGCCUUUGGGCGCUGGAGACACGGGCAGCGUGCACCUUGUGGAGCUGAGGGACACGGACCGUCUGUUCGCGAUGAAGGCGAUGGACAAGGAGGUGAUGGUGAAUCGCAACAAGGUGCACCGCGCCUGCACGGAGAGGGACAUUCUUGGGAAGAUCGACUUCCCCUUCCUGCCCACGCUCUACGCCUCCUUCCAGACCGCCACGCACGUGUGUCUCAUCACGGAGUUCUGCGCGGGGGGCGAGCUGUACGGCAUUCUGGAGAAGCAGAAGGGCAAGCGCCUGCCCGAGGCUGCUGCACGUUUCUUCGUGGCGGAGGUGCUGCUGGCUCUCGAGUACCUGCACUGCCAAGGAGUGGUGUACCGUGAUUUGAAGCCCGAGAACGUGCUGGUGCAGGAGUCAGGCCAUGCCAUGCUCACCGAUUUCGAUCUCUCCUUCAGCACCGAGUGCAAUCCCAAGCUGGAGUUCCCCCCGGUCCCACCUGAUUUUGAGAAGCGCAAGAAGAAAGCCGCCCAAGUGGGGUGCGGAGGAGCCUCCAAAGGCCCGUCUCCUACCGAGCUGGAGCUGGAGCUGCUGCCCGUGCUCGUGGCCGAACCAGAGGCGACGAGCAACAGCUUUGUGGGCACGGAGGAGUACAUUGCCCCGGAGAUCAUCAGCGGUACCGGGCACAGCAGCCCCGUUGACUGGUGGACCUUCGGAAUCUUCCUGUACGAGCUGCUGUACGGACGCAGCCCCUUCCGCGGGCGCAACCGCCAGCGCACCUUCACCAACGUUCUCACCAAGGACCUCGCAUUCCCCGCUAACCCGCCGGUAUCAGAUGAGGCCAAGGAUCUGAUGCGCAAGCUGCUGCAGAGGGACCCGGCGGACCGCCUGGGGGCGAAGCACGGUGCCAUUGAGAUCCGAUCACACCCCUUCUUCAAGUCCAUUGAAUGGCCGCUCAUUCGCGACAUGAAGCCGCCGCAGCUGGAUGUGCCAGUGAAGGCGAUUUCGGCAGAGGCGGAGGAGGGAAGGCCGUCGACAGCGGAGGAGGAGAUGGACUGGGAUGAGAAUGAGGCCAGGCCGUCUACUUCGCUUGACUAUGGCUACUGA